AUGGACAGCGCCGCCUUCCCCAUGCUGAUUCUGACUUUCCUGUCACUCGGCUGGACUUGUUAUGCUGAGGACGAGACGGAGGCUCUGUCCUGCCCAGAGUACCAGGAGGGCUUCGAUGACUCCUGCUUUGAGUUUGUAGGUCUGCAGCGCUCCUUCCUCAGUGCCCAGGGGUGGUGUGAGCGGGGAGGAGGACACCUAGCCUUCAUCCUGAACGAUGAGACACAGCAGUUCCUUCAGAAGCACCUGGAGCCGGGGAGGGACUGGUGGCUCGGGCUGGCACCCGCUGCCCCAAACCUCACACUGGACUCUGCCGCCACCGAGGGUUCUCUCUCCUGGCUGGAUGGCUCAGAUGUCAGCUAUAAUAACUGGGUGAACAGCCCAGAUGCACAAGCAGCCUGCGGACAUGUGCUGAGACACUCAGGCUUCCAGUGGGAGGCCACAGGAAACUGUAGCCAGGAGAUGAACUUCAUAUGCCAGUUUGAUUCUGGGAAAUCCAUUGCUUGUGACGGCCAAAAUGCGACUCUGCAGUGUGGCUCUGGUCAAGUGAUCGAGAUAGAGGACAGCUUCUAUGGCCGUAAGACAGUUCACUACUGCCGAUCCGCACUUACACCCUCACCUACAUCAUCUGCACUCCAGGAGGAGUGUACCUGGAUAGAUGUUGUAGAUUCAGUAACAGGCAACUGCCACGGACUUCAAGCGUGCCAGGCUGCGGCGGAUGUGAGCUCCUUUGGUGAACCCUGUCCUGGGCUGGGGAGUUACCUGUCUGUGGAGUACCACUGCAAAGACGGACUCCACUUGUUGAUGAAUAAGCUGGCUGCCGUUUUUGACAAUGUCACCAUCGCGGUCAAGUGGCUCCUUCAUCCCUUUCAGGGAAACCUCACCUGCACGCUGAACGCUGGAGAUGGCCACAUCAUUGAUUCAUACAGUCCAGAAGAGUUGGAGAGCAGUGUGAUACACAAAUUCAGCCGUCCAGGUAUUUUCACGGUGGGAGUGGAGUGCACCACCAGUGAGUGGCAUGUCACAGCUCAGAAAGCCAUAACCAUUCAGGAGCGCAUUGGAGAGUUUGGUGUGGUCAAGUGCUACAGUAGGAACAUGUCAACAGAUGGCGCCAAAUGCAAGGCCCUUUAUGGCAGACCUUUUCAAAUCCAGGUUGCGGUAGAUGCAGGUACAAAUGUGAGCUACAGAAUCCAAAGUGUACACCAUUUGGUUGCAAAUAUCUCUGUGGAAAGAGGCCUCACCCCUCAUAAUAUCACAGUGAGUGCCAAAGCGGUGCAGCAGCUUGGACCCGGCUGCCACAAUCUGAGUCUGCAUGCGUCUAACGGGGUCACAACCCCCGGAGUGUCCACAGAGUUGCAGCUGUGUCUGCUGGAGCCUGUCGAAGGCCUGCAGGCGUCAGUGAUAGCAGAGGAAGACGAGUGUCCAGACUCUCCAGAUCUCAUCAUCGGCGUGUCUCUGGAGCGGGGUGCACCUGUGCAGCUCUUCUUCUCUCUGUCUGGAGGCAACAACACGCUCUCCGAGACCAGAGACAUGCUGAAUGGCAGCUUACAAGCUUAUACAUUCUCCAGUCCAAUUGAAGGACCCUUAGCUGUGAAACUACGGGCCGUGAACAUCUUCUCUGCCCUUGAAGUGGACAUAGACCUCGAGAAAAUACUGCACGCCUGCCAGAAUUAUUCUGGCUUUUCACCAGAGGACAGUGGAAACACAACAGACAAUAUGGGAGUUCCUGGCUCUUACGACCUGAAAAUCACUGCUACUCCAGACACUUUGGUUGACUACACUCAGAGUGUCGCACUGGAGGAAACCGGCAUGGGAUCCUUACCCAGCAAAGGGAUCUCAUUUGAAUGGAAAUGUGAGGGAAACUGCAAAUGCAACGACACAACAAGGGACAAAACUCAUGUUAUUGACAAAGACUGCCUUCCUAACCUGCCUGAGGUUUCCAAAUAUACUUUAACAGCGAGGAGAGAAACUUGGUUUAGGAAAUGGGCUGAGCUCUCUUCAGCCUCUCAGUGCAUUGCCGUGACUCCAAAGGAAUUCACAGACGUCACCAUCAGCUGUGAUGAUUGCACCUCUAUAAAUGUGAACAGCCAUGUAAAGUUCAGACUGACCUGUGUGAAAACUUGCCCAGAUGUAGUUUGGUACAUUGAGGACCCCAAACCUUUGACGGGCAUCCUCAAAGACUGUUAUACCAAAGCAGGGAGGAAGCCACUUAUUGAGAGGCAGGAUGGGAACACUGAAUACACAGUGCAUAGCCGGCAUCUAACAGGCGCAAAGGAUGCAUCACUUAACAUCAGCGUGAUUGCUUAUGGCAAAAAGGAGCCAGGCUUUGCGAGGUACACUCUUCCGAUACCAGUCGAAUUGCCCACUGAAGCGGCUGCAGCCUCCCAGGUGACUCCUGGGCGGCCUGCUCCCCCCGGACCCCCUUCGUGCAGCAUCUCUCCAUCAUCUGGAACAGUUCUAGACACUUUCAACAUUUCCUGCAAACCAAGCUCCUUCUGCUCCAGCGGCUGCCUUUACUGCUUCAGAACAGAUAGUGGUAAACAUCUGCGUUGCAGUAAUGCACAUGAGAUAAAGUCCGUCUUCCUCCCUCUUGGAGAUAAGAACAACAAUUACAGUUUAUCUGUUGUGGUGACUGUGAAAAACGACAAGAAGAAGACCACCACAACUAUUGGCACUCAGGUCAGGAAAAGCAACUCCAGUGCCUCAGUGGAGGCUCUCCAGUCGGCGGUGGAGGAUACUGUGGCUCAGUUAGAGCAGCAGGGUCUGCUCUCUGCAGAAGCAGUGGGACAGAUAUUCACCUCUGUGUCUGAUAUGCUGAAUAUGGAGACUGAUGAAGAGCAGAAGGAUGCGAGGACAAAGCUAAGAGAGCAGAUGCUGACCACAAUGAGCACAGUUCUGCUGGAGUCGCCCAGCAACACGACUCAGGAGGUGCAAGUGACGGCCAGAGCGGUGGCAGGACUCACCCAGCAAUCAGAUGAGCUCAGUGCCUCUGCUCAAGAAGAAGCUAGUAUGUUGCUGGCCAACCUCAGUUCUUCCCUCAACUCCAUCAGCGUUAACCAGGAUGGUGAGGAUGAGGAGGAAGUGGUGGAAUCUGCUACACCAAUCAUUGAAGCAGCCAGUAAUAUCUUGAAUGUUUCAUCAAGUAAAAAAGUGUCCGAUCUUCUUCUGACUGGAAUGAAUGAUGUUCAGAGUGCACUGCUGAAUGGGAAAAAGCCCAACGGAGACCCUGCCAUCAUCAGCACUGGUCAGAUCAGUGUGUAUGUCAACAGAGUGUCUCCAGAAAAUGUGCAGAUGCAGACUAUAAAUGUUGAGAAGAACACCUCCUCCAGAUUUUCCUUCCCUACGCUGCCUGCCAGUGUCCUGUCCCCAGAGGAGCCGGUGGAUGUGAGAAUGAUGAGUUUUGAGAAGAAUCCAUAUUCUUGGAGCGAGGAAAACAUCACGAGCGCUGUGGGAUCCGUUUCUCUAACCAGAAUGAACGGCACAGUCAUUCCUGUUGAAAACCUGCCUGAUGAGAUUGAGAUUCUCCUACCAAGACUUGACGUGGGUCAGGAGAACAACACUGUCCUGGACUUGGGCAAUUUCAGCACAUUAAUAAUUGAUGUUCCCUCACCUGAUGUAACACUGGUGCUGAAAAUGGAGCCCUCAGAAGACAUUCCUCUCAAGCUGUUGUUAGGAUAUAAGGAUUAUCCCACUGAUGAGAAUUACGUAGCCCAGACUCAGUUUCCUCUAGAGAAUGCCAGAGAAGAGGAGCAACACACCUGGGUGCUGGGUCCCAAAGAUAGAACAGGAGACGUUGGUGUGCACUAUCUUGUUGUGAAGCCCAUUGUGGAAGCAGGGGUCAAAACUGUCAACGCUACAGUGUCUGUCACUUCCAUCGCCGCCCAGUGCAAAUACUGGAAUGAAACUGAGUCUUCUUGGAGUGAAGAUGGCUGCAGGGUGAGCAAAAUGAAGUGAGCUGUAAAGCGUAACCGGCUGCUUUUUUCCCUCCAGGUUGGCCCGCUCACCACACCACUGGUCACUCAGUGCCUCUGUAACCACUUGACUUUCUUUGGGAGCUCUCUGUUUGUCAUGCCCAACCUGGUGGAUGUGUCGCGCACCGCUGAACUUUUCGCCACUUUCACCAACAAUCCCGUGGUGGUGUGUUUUGUGGGCGCCAUCUUUGUCGCUUAUCUCCUGGUGGUUGUGUGGGCACGCAGGAAAGACAUCCAGGACUCGGCUAAGGUCAAGAUAACUGUGCUUGAAGAUAAUGACCCCUUGGCUGAGUAUCGCUAUAUGUUGAAUAUUAGCACAGGGCAUCGGCGUGGAGCGUCCACCUCCUCUCAGGUGACAGUAAUUCUGAUGGGUACAGAGGGAGAGAGUGAGCCACACCACCUGACAGACCCCGAGAAGCCUGUGUUUGAGAGGGGUGGGGUGGAUAUGUUCCUGCUCACCACACCCUUUUCCCUGGGAGAGCUGCAGAGCAUCAGGAUGUGGCACGACAACUCAGGAGUGCACCCCGCAUGGUAUAUCAACAAAGUCAUGGUGCAGGAUCUGGAGACUGGACAGAAAUGGCACUUUCUGUGUAACUCCUGGCUAGCCAUAGAUAUGGGAGAAUGCACUCUUGACAAGGUUUUCCCAGUUGCCACAGAGAUGGAUUUGAAAAGAUUCAGUAAUCUGUUCUUCAUGAAGACAGCAAAGGAUUUCCGUGAUGGCCACAUCUGGUUCUCUGUCAUUAGUCGACCUCCCUGCAGCACUUUCACCCGUGUGCAGCGAGUGUCCUGCUGCUUCUCUCUGCUGCUGUGCACCAUGCUGACCAGCAUCAUGUUUUGGGGCAUCCCUACGGACCCCUCUGAGCAGACCAUGGACCUGGGUCAUAUCGAGUUCACCUGGCAACAGGUUAUGAUAGGAAUUCAAAGCUCAGUCAUCAUGUUUCCGAUUAACCUCCUCAUUGUGAGCAUCUUCAGAAACACUCGUCCUCGAGAGAAGGCCAGCAAACCGGACACUUCUAAGCAGGGGAAGACUGGUCGAGUGUCUCCCUCACAGACUUCUUCCCCACAAAAGGAGCUCAAGGACAUCACACCAGACACUGUGAUCAAAGACAUAAAGAGAAUUGCCCAGUCACUCUCAAAGGCCAUGAAAAGUCCUCUGCCCCAUCUGGAGCUCAGGCCUGGUCAGCAGGCUGAUAUCAACACUCUGCUUUCUCUGGUGGAGGACAUCAUCAGACAGCAGAACCAAACAGGCGGAGAGUUUUACACUGACGCAUCCAAGAGGGAACGUUCAAUGAUCCUCACUUUAGGUGCAGUCAGUCUACAAGAAAACAGCGUGUGGGGGAGUCCUGAAAAGACGAUGGAUGGGGUUCAGAAGAGGAACAACAACAGCCAGUAUCUGUACAGACAGCUACGUCACGUGGAGAAGGAGUUGGGUUUGCUGGGACCUUCUCGCUUCCCCAACCCGGACAGCUACAACCGAGCGAUGCAGCAAGUCCAGGGAAUGAAGGGCCUCCUGGAGCACCACCUGUCUUCGUCCAGCCUGGGAGGAGACCAGCUGGCUCACAGCCCCAGUCCCACAGAGAGCAUCAAUGGGGACGGUAACAAAAAGUGCUGUCAGGGCGGGCUACCCUGGUGGUUUAUUUUUGUGGGCUGGACGCUGGUGAUUGCAACGAGCGGCGUUUCUGGAUACUUCACCAUGAUGUAUGGGCUGACCUACGGGAAAGACCGCUCUAUAAGCUGGCUUAUCUCCAUGGUUGUCUCCUUUUUUGAGAGUCUCUUUAUUACCCAACCUCUGAAGGUUCUUGGUUUUGCUGCAUUCUUUGCCCUCAUUUUGAAGAAAGUCGAUCAGGAGGAGUACGGAGAGCCUCAGAUAGAUGAUACGUUCAGAAACCCAGAUGAUCCCGAUACAGUGCGGGCAGCCAGAAGGGACAGCACAUGCAGUUUUUAUCAGCCACCGCCGCCCACUGACAUAGAGAGGAUGAGGAACAACAUAAUUAAAGAGCAGAAGGUCUUUGCUCUCAUUAGGGAGAUUCUUGCCUAUGCAGGAUUUAUGUGGAUGCUGCUGCUGGUGGCAUAUGGUCAGAGGGAUCCCAAUGCUUUCUUCCUGACACAACACAUAAGGCAGAGCUUCAGCAGAGGCAUCGCUGACAGUAUGAGUAUUACAGACGUGUUCAACUGGGCAAACACCACGCUGCUGAGCAAUCUUUUCGGAGAGUACCCAGGUUUCAUCACAGAUGGGAACUCCAAGCUGGUGGGAAAUGCCCGUCUUCGCCAGGUGAGGGUGCAGAAGAACUCCUGCCGCGUUGCCCCGACCAUGCAAGAGUUUGUGCCUGACUGUCAUUCUCCCUACUCAUGGGAGGUGGAGGACAUGGGCUCAUAUAGCCCAGGUUGGGGCCUCCCUCUGGAUGAUAAUUCUUCACAGAGCCCCCACAGCCCUUGGAAGUACCAGUCCCAGGCUAAACUUAAGGCCUACCCCAUCUGGGGCAGUGUGAUGCUGUACAGAGGAGGGGGUUUUGUGGUGGACCUGGGACCAGAUUUACAAAACUCCAGCAGAACUCUUCAGUACCUAUUUGACAACACCUGGUUUGAUGCGUAUACCCAAGCAAUCUUUGUUGAGUUCACGGUAUACAAUGCCAACGUCAACCUCUUCUGCAUUGUCACACUCAUGCUAGAAACCACAGCCAUAGGGGCUUUCCAGUUCCUUAGUGAGCUUCAAAGUGUGCGUCUUUAUCAGUCUCCUGGCGGCCUUCACAUAUUUGUCAUGGCAUCUGAAGCCAUCUAUUUCCUCUUCAUCAUCUAUUACAUGUUUGUUCAGGGAAAGCUGAUGAAACAGCAGAGAUGGGCUUAUUUCAAAAGUAAGUGGAACCUUCUAGAGCUGGCUAUCAUCAUUCUCAGCUGGAGCGCACUGUCCGUCUUCAUUAAGAGGACUUAUCUGGGGAAUCGGGACAUGGCCUACUACCAGAACAACAAAGACCAGUAUGCCAGUUUCCAUGAGACGGCCAAGGCUGAUGCAGUGCUGGGUUAUCUGAUUGCCUUCUUGGUGUUGCUGGCGACGGUCAAACUGUGGCACCUGCUGAGACUGAACCCGAAGCUGCACAUGAUCACAGCCACGCUGCAGCGGGCCUGGACUGAUAUCUCAGGCUUCCUGAUCGUCAUGACCAUCAUGUUCCUGGCCUACUCCAUUGCUUCUAAUCUGAUGUAUGGCUGGAAGCUGUACUCAUAUCGGACUUUGCUGGAUGCUGCUCAGACCAUGGUCAGCUUGCAGUUGGGCAUUUUUAACUAUGAAGAGGUUCUGAAUUAUAAUCCAGUGUUUGGUGCAUUUCUUAUUGGCUCCUGCAUUGUGUUCAUGACCUUUGUGGUGCUGAACCUCUUCAUCUCCGUUAUCCUGGUGGCAUUCAGCCAAGAGCAGAUACAUCACAAGCCAUCAGAAGAAGAGGAGAUUGUGGACCUGAUGCUGAUGAAACUCUGCAGUUUGUUUGGGCUCAAAUGUAAGAAACCUGGCAGCAGCGGUCUAACUGAGGACACGGCGGUUUCGUCUGCUACGAAUAAAGGACUCUCAAUGAUUUCUUCUGGGAGUAUUCAUGAGAACUGAUAUUUCCCAGCACACUUAAAUAGAACAGAGACACACUGUAAGGCCUUUGCUUCACUUUUUUUUUUUUUUUUUUUGCUUCUAAUGCCUCGCUUAAUUUAUUCAUACCUUGAGGUUAUUGUUUUGUGAUCCUGUACUGGCCUUUAUGUAAGUCUUAAUUUGCAUUUUUCUCUACUCCAAUACAAUACUGUCACUGUAUGAGAACCUGGAACAUUUUAUUGAGCAAAUAAAUUGAUCUUUGCUGUG